UUGGUGUUUGGGAGGUUUUUAUAUAGCCCAUGUGGCCAGUGACUUGUAGAGACGGACUUGGGCAGAGGGACAUUCAAACUGAACAUGUGUUGGGGAAGAUGAAACAGGGAAGCCUCAUAAAUAUGAUUGUCUGGCAAAAGAAUUUGAGAAUAUUGAAACUCUAAGCAAGAUUGAGAUGGAAGCAAACUUUGAGAUACCUUAGUGAACAACUGGAAAACAAUGGUGUGGCUUGACUGAAGGUAAUCCCCUUUUGUUGAAACAAUUCCCUGUGCGUGCAGACAGACCCAGGGGUCAGAGAAGACCCUACUAGCUCAGCAGAAGGGGUCCAAAGCGGUGUUUUUAGGGUUUAAAAUGUAACACAGUAUCAUGAUGUAAUGAUUCUUACAGGCUGUAUAUAAAUGCUCUAGGAUUAGUAUCUUGAACUAGAUUGGUUAGUGAGAAAUAGAAUAUUCAACAGAGAAGAAGAUUUAUUGUAUUGUAACGGGAAGCUUACUCUCUUACGCUCUUCCCCUCUUACUCUCUCACCCUCUCAUCCUCUCUACCCCUCUCUUCUCUCAGGCCUGCUCCGACCUGUGGCUGGCAGCUCCAAGCGGGGCCCUGCACCCAGGCCCUUUGCAAUAAACCGCAAGUUCCACAACCUGGCUGCAGAGAUCUCUCGUCUCUGUCCGUCCCGACCGUCCUACCCCUCAAUGCUCCUACAAACGCGCUCAUCCCUUGUUUUCCCCAAACCAGGAUUUCCCAUUGCCAACCCCUGGGAGACUGCGAGGAAGACGGAGAUGCCCCAGGACACUGAGGCAGAGCAGGAGCUGAGCAUGGAGAGCAGGGAGGACAAAUGCCCGCGGCAGAACCUGGUGGCAGAGGCCGUUUUGAGCGGCUCCACAGCGCAGGAAGCCAACGGGGAGGAAAAGGCGCGGAGAUGCCGCACGAGGAGGAGCUGCAAACGCAGCUGGUGGGGAUCUGAGGGGGAAAGAGCCAGCCUUGGCCGGGAAGGCAGCCAGAGAUGGAGCCAGAGCUCGGAGCUGGUGCUCCAUGAGCAGCUCCAUGAUGGGGAGAAGCCCUACACGUGCGUGGAGUGUGGGAAGAGCUUCAGGCAGAGCUCCCACCUGAUCAGGCAUCAGAUGAUCCACACUGGGGAGAAGCCCUACAAGUGUGGGGAGUGUGGGAAGAGCUUCAGGGAGAGCUCCAGCCUGAUCAAGCACCAGAGGAUCCACACUGGGGAGAGGCCCUUCGAGUGCGGGGAGUGUGGACAGAGCUUCAGCCAGCGCUACCACCUGAUCAGGCACCAGAGGACCCACACUGGGGAGAGGCCCUACGAGUGUUCCAAGUGUCGGAAGGGGUUUCAGACCAGCUUCCAUCUCAUCAGGCACUAUCAGAGUCACACAGAGGAGAGGCCCUUCCGCUGCCCCAACUGUGGGAAGGGAUUCAGGUGGAACUCCCACCUCGUCAGGCACAGGCACAUCCACACUGGGGAGAGGCUCCAUGAGUGUGAUAAAUGCAGGAAGAGGUUUCUGACCAGCUCCCAUCUCCUCCGGCACUAUCAGAGUCACACAGAGGAGAGGCCCUUCCGCUGCCCCGACUGUGGGAAGGGAUUCCAGUGCAACUCCACCCUCGUCAGGCACCGGCGCAUCCACACUGGGGAGAGGCCCUACGAGUGUCCCCAGUGUGGGAAGAGCUUCUCCAGCAGCUCUCACUUGACUCAACACCAACGGAGGCACCGGUAAGGGAAGCCCUGCGAGUGCCCCGAGUGCGGGCAGAGCUUCGUGCGCUGCUCCAGCUCCAUCCCCCACUGGAGGAGGCACUUUGGGCACAGCCCUGGUCACUCACAUUCCCUGUGAUCCAUGUUGGCAACACACCUGGCAGCUUUUACUUUUGUUUUGGCCCUAAUGUUUCUAGCUUCUCUAUCUCUUUGCACUCCGAAAGUCAAGAGAGAUGGAUCUGUCACCUGAAAACCACUGAAAUCCCAGUGAAAACUACUCAAUCUUACCCAAAAGGGCUCAAUCCCACCUCAAAAAAACUCAGCGCCGUACCAAACUCACUUGAUUUCUCAGCCACCUAAGUAAGAUGGGGCUGGGAGGAGACUGAGAGAAGUGGGAUCUCAGAGCGGUGGGAUGAGGAUUGUGUGGAGCUGGGUGUGUGGGAUGCAGUUGAUAGCAAAUAAAAUUCUCAGACUUACUGAUUUCUCUCCCGUUCAUGUUCAGUCCGUUGCAGUUCUGUUUGCAGAGUGCUGCCUUCUCAGCUCAUUGUGUUUGUGUCCCCUGUUCUCUCCUGCCUCUCUUUGCCUGCUCUGUUUCUCUCUCAGUGUCUCCCUUGACCCAGGGACCACCACAGAUCCUCCCCUGAUUUAAUUGACCCAGGCACCCCCAGAGACCCUCCCUAUAUUUAAUUGCCUCAGGGACCACCAAAUACCCUCCUUUGAUUUAUUGCCCCAGUGACCACCAAGGAUUCUGCCCUGAUUCAAUUGACUCCAUCCCUGAUUUAAUUGACCUCUGCCCUGUUUUAAUUGACCCCUCUGUCACCAA